AUGGUCCUGCCUGUCAUCGCCGCAGCAAGCAUUACCGCAAUCGCGGUCGCCUUGCGCGCGGGCGUCCGCGCGUGGCAGACCUACAAGCAACUGACGCCGCUCAUGAUUGCGCAGCUCAACGGUCUCCGCAUUCAGGCUGGCGACGUCUCGAAGUUUGGCUCCAAGUACCGGACGCAGCUCCCGCGUAGCGUCAUCGCGCAACUGGAGCAAUACCCAGGGGGGUUCUACAAACGCAUGAACGAGGUUGAGGCCAUGCUAAUACUACAGAUUACCGGCGAUGAGAUCAAGCUCCUGGACCGCAACAUGCUCAAAAAGAAGCAUCGCAGGGCGAUGCUGCUGAACCACCCAGAUAAGGGAGGGAGCCCCUAUGUAGCUAUGAAGAUAAAUGAGGCCCGCGAUGUCAUGGAGCAGAGCUCGCUGGUGCGAUAG